GUAGAGACGAAGGGUGGCACGACCACACACCCCUAUACGCAUGAAGAGGAGGCCAAGGCCGCCGCCAUCCUGAAAGAGACAAGGGAGAAGAGGGAGGCCAAGAAGAAGGCCUUGUUGGAGGAGCAGGCGGCGGAACUGAAGAAGAUUGAAGAGGAGGCGGCCAGGGAGAAAGAGAGAUUGAAAAGGAAGAAGAGCAAAAGUUGAAAGAGGUGGAAGAGGAAGAGGAAGAAGAUGAAAUGCCACUGCAAAGGAAGAGAGGCCAGUACAGUGGCAGUAGAGACGAGGAGAUGGAGAAACGGAUUUCAGAGUGGGUCGCCAACUUAUCCCUGGGCGAAGACGAAGAGGUGGCGAUGUAUAUCCCUAAGGAUGAUCAAGAAGCCGCUAUGAGAGCGUGGGAAGCAGAAGAAGAUGUCAUAAAGCAGCAGGCGAUGGAAGACGAGAAGAGGAUGGAGUGGAAACUGGCAGUGAUGAGGGAGAAGAAGAGAAGAGUGGACGCGGCAGCAGAGGCGGCAAAAGAAUUAGAGGAGGUAAAAAAGAUAGAAGAACAAUUAGCCGCCCAGACCGAACUCCCAAAGCAAAUGCAAGUCAUAGCCCGGAACGUUGCACGUCUAGCACGAAUCCAGGCGGAGCAAUAUGACUUUAGUAGGAGUCAACACAUAGCUGUGCGUUCAAUAAAGUUGGGAUUCCGGGACUUUGCUCGCGAGUUGGUAGGCGCUAUAGGCACCGAGGUGGGUCAUCGCCUCGAGAAGACUGAGCGGUCCUGUGUCGGCGCCAUUGAAGGCGUCAAAGCGGCCGCUCCCAAGGAGGAGGAAGCACGUCCUCGCCGGGAGCCGGUCAAAGUCAAAUUCCCUGAUUCCUACAGUGGAAAACGGGAAGAGAACUUUGACAAUUGGGAGGCCAAUGUCAAGACCUAUGUCCAUCUGCAACAGGUCUCCCCGAAUCAGCAGGUUCUAAUUGCGAUCCACGCGCUUAGAGACGAGGCCGCCAGCUUCGCAAGGUCCCUAGUUCGUGCUGCCAAUUGCAAUGACAAUCCAGUUGCGUACUCCUCGUUCACUCCCCUCGCUGAAUUCUUGAAGUUGCUGCGCGAGCGAUUUGCAGAUGUCGCUCGAAGUGUCAAAGCCUCAGACAAGCUCCAGACGAUCCAUGCCCGUAAGUGGAAGAGUGCUAGGGCACUCAAGAGCACAAUGGACGAAUUAGUAGCUGUCCCUGACCACGGGGUUACAGACACCCAGUUGUUCGCCCUCUUCCAUAGAGCGAUGCCCGAAGCUUUUCGCAGGCACUUCUUCGCGAAGAGCGAAGACCCUGCCACCACUUACGAUUCCCUUAGCCGUGAAGUGGUGGCCUUUGAGGCAAAAUCUGUGUCAGUCUCCACCUUCUGGCACAAAGAUUUGGAUAAGGGAAAGCAAUGGAAGGRCCGCACUAUCUCURGGCAKGUGAAGACUAARGAUAGCCUUGUCCUAACUUUAGAUGAGGGUAGUGUGGAUGAGAUCCCCUACGAUCAGAUUGAGUGGGGGUUAGAGGAGGAGGACAGCGGUGUGGGCCAGGGGAGAACUUACGCUGUUGUCGCGGCUGGAGGGAGGCUGCAAGGAGGAGGACGAGGCCAGGGCCAAGGGGGCCGAGCCUAAGGGGCCUCAGGGAGCCGGUUCCAGGGCGAUCAGGGGGUUGGCGGCAGAGGAGGAAACCGCCAAGCGGGAGGAAGGGGUCAAGGUCCCCCGCAAAACCGUCCUAGGAACAGGUCCCCCUAUAGGGUAGGAGGAUGGCACCCAGGGCUACCCCAGGGUAGGCCUUGGGAAAGUUUGGGUCUGGACCAGGGCUUAUGGCAACAGCGAUUGGACCGGGGCCAGUGCAUUUUCUUUGGUGACCCGGGCCAUAUCAUCAAAUACUGUCCUAAGUAUAAAGAGACCUGGACGACUGCACAAGGGCCAAAAGGCAGCCGCCGGUAGGGGUAGCAACUGCCCCUACCACUAGGCCAUGUGGGGAACAUAGCGCUAGCCGGCAGGAGAUUCCCACACCACAUGUGCCUAUGGCAGAGGUUGCAGGCCGGUGUCUAGAUAGCUGCCCAGAGACUGCUUGUGUUAGAGUCUCUCUAGACACCUCCCUCUCAGGCGUGGCCAAAGAGUUGAAGGAGAGGAUGCCCGCCUGGGCCAAGAUGAAGAAAGAGAAUAAAGGGCAACUCAUAUU